GGUCCACCAUGGAAGAAAACAAGCGAUUUUUGUGUCAUGCUUGUAAAUUUUCAAGCACUUAUCAAUAUUUUGGGACAAAUCCAAAUUUUGCAAAGAAUAUCAUUUUAAUGGAAGACUCAUAUUUGUGCAAGGAUCCGUUCAGUGCUGAAGGAGGCUUUAUUACUCUUGGUUCACACUGUUCCAUGUGUCAGAUGUCCGUCUGCUGUUCUACGGAUUGCAGCUUGUUUUAUACUAAGAGAUUUUGUAUAGAUUGUGUUAAAUCAAAGAUUGGACAGUUUCCUCAAGAAAUUCAACAGGAAAUUUCACGUAAAACUUGACAGAAAUAAGAACAAUUUAAUCAUGGAUGUCAAAAGCCAUCACAGAACUUGCGACUCAGAGCUUUUUAUGUUCCAGUAAAAAUCAACUUAGAUCCAAAGACAGUCGUUAGAUUGAUACAAAUUCCAGAAGAAUAUGCAGAGAUGAUAAAAUCAAAGAAAUCAUAUCAAUGUUAUAAAAAAUAUGAUGUUCAAAUCUUUCUAAAAUUGAAUUGGACUAUAAAUAUUUGGAAUAGAAAAGACAAUUUAUUACUUUUCAUCCCAAAUAAAUUGCCAUUAUAUACCAGUA